UGCGGUGAAACGGCGGAGAAGAAGGAAAACACCGCACGUACAUGGAUUAAUUUAAAUGACAAGACGCCAUCCAUAAAUUCAGAGGAGACUCCAGCACCGUCCAGAAUGGAUUCACGGUGAAACGCGCACACGUCGGAACCUGUGUAUUAACGGCGUUUUUGCUCCGGAUGUCCACGAUUGAGCGUCGUUUUUUAAUCGAGUAGCCGUGUUUAUGUCUUCUUGCUAGCUUAAGCCGUCGUAGCGUUAGCUGGUAGGCGCAGACGAGCAGCUUCUUUCUCCGGUACUAUAAGACCUGUCGUUAUUCUUGAUACAUCACACAUUCACGUGAGGGAAUUGGGGCUGUAUUGUAAUUGUAAAAACGCUUAUAAGUUGUUUUUAUCACUUUGUAGAUCACGUUGUAAACGCUAGUUCCUCACCGUCAAAGACCAGUCAGAAGUUGUCGUUUUUCCUAAAAAUAUACAGGGCACGUUUGGGAAACAGAACAUUGUAUCUGAAGUGACUCGUCGACAUCUCAACAAAGUGGACAAAAUGGAUGUGAUCUGGACUUCAGUCACCACUCAGACAACACAGCAGAUACUUUGUAAAUAACACUUCCUGUCUGCCGUUCGGCUCCACUACUUUUUGCCUCCUUCUGCUGACUGGGCACUUUACAGGCAGUAUCCAGCGUUUGAAGUUGACUGAAGUCUUCCUUUGUUUUUAACUUUUGUUUCAACACAACUUUUUUACUUUAGCUUAGACUAAGCGCCUCAGCUCAACAGUGAAGGAUGAAUGGCCUCUCUCUCAGCGAGCUCUGCUGCCUUUUCUGCUGCCCGCCAUGUCCCGGUCGCAUCGCGGCCAAACUCGCCUUCCUGCCCCCCGAGCCCACGUACGCCUUCCUCCCAGACCCAGACCCAGAAGCUGGCCCUGCAGCAACAGGAGCAACAACACCAGCACCAGCAGCAGCAGCACCAGGGGCCACGGGGACGUCCAGCCUGCGGGCGCGGAACGGUGCAUCAGUGGCUGGGAGCGGAGGGGCCGCGUCUGUGGAGGGCAGAUGGAAGCUCCACCUGACGGAGCGGGCGGAGUUCCAGUACUCGCAGAGAGAGCUGGACACGACGGAGGUGUUCCUCACGCGAUCCAGCCGAGGCAACAGAGUCGGCUGCAUGUACCUUCGCUGUGUUCCCAACGCCAGAUUCACAGUGCUCUUCUCCCACGGUAACGCGGUCGACCUGGGCCAGAUGAGCAGUUUCUACAUCGGCCUCGGCACUCGCAUCAACUGCAACAUCUUCUCCUACGACUACUCGGGCUACGGCGCCAGCACUGGCAAGCCCUCCGAGAAGAACCUCUACGCAGACAUCGAUGCAGCCUGGCACGCCCUGCGCACGCGGUAUGGCAUCAGCCCGGAGAACAUCAUCCUGUAUGGACAGAGCAUCGGUACAGUACCCACCGUGGACCUGGCGUCGCGGUACGAGUGCGCUGCCGUGGUGCUUCACUCACCGCUGACGUCUGGCAUGAGAGUGGCCUUUCCUGACACGAAGAAAACGUAUUGCUUUGACGCGUUCCCCAACAUUGAGAAAGUGUCCAAAAUUGUGUCCCCGGUGCUCAUCAUCCACGGGACGGAGGACGAGGUCAUCGACUUCUCCCACGGCCUGGCUCUGUUCGAGCGCUGCCCCAAAGCUGUGGAGCCUCUCUGGGUGGAGGGGGCUGGGCACAACGACAUUGAACUGUACAGCCAGUAUCUGGAGCGCCUGCGCCGCUUCAUAGGACAGGAGUUGGCGGUGCAGCAUGCCUGACCGCCACCGCCCGGAUCCUCAUCAUCAUCAUCAUCGUCAUCUUUACCAUUUUGUACAAGAGUCAUCUAAACCGUCCCGUACCGCGGCUGUAACGCUUCACGUACUGUAGAGCUUUGUUUCCGGGGCACUGCGCGCCGUUAAUGGGCCGUGGAAAGAAGUGCGUUCGUAAACAGAAGUGUGUGAGUGUGGAAGACCUCGUCACAAACUGCAUUUCGACAGUUUUUAUUUUUAUUUUUUGCAGUUACUUUAGUACUACAUCUAUUCCUAUACGGUGCAAUAAUAUGGACAGGAAGGGGAAAAAAGCCUUUAAAUGAUUAAAAGGAGAUUUAACACAACAUCAAACUGAUCAGUAAAUGACAUUGUGGUCCGCAUGGAAAAUCAGUUUUUCCAGCCUACUCAUAGUUUGUGGGAUUUUUUACUGUUAACCCAAGUUAAAUGGAUAAUGUGGAAACGUUGGAAACACUUAAAAAACACCCUAAAAAAGCUUUAUUUUAUUUUGUCGUUUUCUUAACACCUGUUUGAACUGCAAACAGGUUUGUAACUAAGUUUUCUACAGUUUCUAUUAGUGACCCCUAUACAAGUUAAUGUAAUCCAAUUUAAAGCCUGACAAUAAAUCCUGUUUCGAAGGGUUGAUCUCACUAUAUUGUCAUUUUGUAGUUAUUAGCUGUGUGGCGUUGGACUGCAUUAUA